CCCGGCCCCUCGGGAGCGCGGGGCAGCGCCGGGGGCGGCGGCGGCAUCACCAUGGUCGGGCCGGGCCGGCUGCUGCGGCUGCUGGCGCUGCUCGAGCUGCCCUGCUGCCUCCUGGAGCUGCUGCUCGGGGAGGCGGCCCGCGGGCAGGAGAUGUACGCGCCCCACUCCAUCCGCCUGGAGGGGGACAUCACCCUGGGCGGCCUCUUCCCCGUGCACGCCAAGGGCUCCCUGGGCUCGCCCUGCGGGGACAUCAAGAAGGAGAACGGCAUCCACAGGCUGGAGGCGAUGCUCUACGCGCUGGACCAGAUCAACAGCGACCCGGACCUGCUGCCCAACGUCACGCUGGGCGCCCGCAUCCUGGACACCUGCUCCCGGGACACCUACGCGCUGGAGCAGUCCCUCACCUUCGUGCAGGCGCUCAUCCAGAAGGACACCUCCGACGUGAGGUGCACGAACGGCGAGCCGCCCGUCUUCGUCAAGCCGGAGAAAGUAGUUGGAGUGAUCGGGGCGUCGGGAAGUUCCGUGUCCAUUAUGGUGGCCAACAUCCUCCGGCUCUUCCAGAUCCCACAAAUCAGUUAUGCCUCAACUGCACCAGAGUUGAGUGAUGACAGGCGCUAUGAUUUCUUCUCACGUGUGGUUCCUCCAGAUUCCUUCCAAGCACAAGCAAUGGUGGACAUUGUGAAAGCUUUGGGAUGGAAUUAUGUAUCCACUUUGGCAUCUGAAGGGAAUUAUGGAGAAAAAGGAGUCGAGUCCUUCAUGCAAAUUUCCAGAGAGGCAGGUGGGCUCUGCAUCGCCCAGUCCCUGAAGAUCCCCCAGGACCGCAAGGACAAGACCAUCGACUUCGACAAAAUCAUCAAGCAGCUCCUGGAAACCCCCAACGCCAGGGCCAUCGUCAUCUUCGCCAACGACGAGGACAUAAAGCAGAUCCUGGCGGCCGCCAAGAGGGCGGAUCAAGUGGGGCAUUUCCUGUGGGUGGGCUCGGACACGUGGGGCUCCAAGGUGAGCCCGCUGCUGCAGCAGGAGGACGUCGCCGAGGGGGCCAUCACCAUCCUGCCCAAGAGAGCCACCAUCGAGGGGUUCGAUGCCUACUUUACCUCCCGCACCCUGGAGAACAACAGGAGGAACGUGUGGUUUGCAGAGUACUGGGAGGAGAACUUCAACUGCAAGCUGACCAUCACUGGCUCCAAGAAGGAAGACACGGACCGCAAAUGCACAGGGCAGGAGCGCAUCGGGAAGGACUCCCCGUACGAGCAGGAGGGCAAGGUGCAGUUCGUGAUCGACGCCGUGUACGCCAUGGCCCACGCGCUGCACCACAUGAACCGCGACCUGUGCGCCGACAGCGCCGGGCUCUGCCCCGACAUGGAGCACGCGGGGGGCAAGAGGCUGCUCAAGUACAUCCGCAGCGUCAACUUCAACGGCAGUGCUGGCACUCCAGUGAUGUUCAACAAGAACGGGGAUGCCCCGGGGCGCUACGACAUCUUCCAGUACCACACCACCAACACCAGCACCCCAGGCUACCGCCUCAUCGGCCAGUGGACAGAUGACCUGCAGCUCAACAUCGAGGAGAUGCAGUGGGGCGGGGGCGUGCGGGAGGUGCCGCCCUCGGUGUGCAGCCUGCCCUGCAAGCCCGGCGAGAGGAAGAAGAUGGUGAAGGGGAUGCCGUGCUGCUGGCACUGCGAGCUGUGCGACGGGUACCAGUACCAGGCGGACGAGGUGACCUGCCUGCUCUGCUCCUACAACGAGCGGCCCAACGAGAACCGCACGGGCUGCCGCUCCAUCCCCAUCAUCAAGCUGGAGUGGCACUCGCCCUGGGCCGUCAUCCCCGUCUUCCUGGCCAUGCUGGGAAUCAUCGCCACCAUCUUCGUCAUGGCCACCUUCAUCAGGUACAACGACACGCCCAUCGUGCGCGCCUCCGGCCGGGAGCUCAGCUACGUCCUGCUGACCGGCAUCUUCCUGUGCUACAUCAUCACCUUCCUGAUGAUCGCCAAGCCGGACGUGGCCGUCUGCUCCUUCCGCAGGAUCUUCCUGGGCCUGGGCAUGUGCAUCAGCUACGCGGCCCUGCUGACCAAAACCAACCGCAUCUACCGCAUCUUCGAGCAGGGCAAGAAGUCGGUGACCGCGCCCAGGCUCAUCAGCCCCACGUCCCAGCUGGCCAUCACCUCCAGCCUGAUAUCGGUGCAGCUCCUGGGGGUCUUUAUUUGGUUUGCAGUCGACCCGCCCAACAUCAUCAUAGAUUAUGAUGAGCAGAAAACUAUGAACCCCGAUCAAGCCAGAGGAGUUCUCAAAUGUGACAUUACGGAUCUACAAAUCAUUUGUUCCUUGGGUUAUAGCAUUCUUCUAAUGGUGACGUGCACUGUGUAUGCCAUCAAGACUCGGGGUGUCCCAGAGAAUUUUAAUGAAGCCAAACCCAUUGGAUUCACUAUGUACACUACCUGUAUAGUAUGGCUUGCCUUCAUUCCAAUAUUUUUUGGCACUGCCCAGUCAGCUGAAAAGCUCUACAUACAAACCACCACACUCACGAUAUCCAUGAACUUAAGCGCGUCGGUGGCGCUGGGGAUGCUGUACAUGCCGAAGGUUUACAUCAUCAUCUUCCACCCCGAGCUCAACGUGCAGAAGCGCAAGCGCAGCUUCAAGGCGGUGGUGACGGCGGCCACGAUGUCGUCGCGGCUCUCGCACAAGCCCAGCGACCGCCCCAACGGCGAGGCCAAGACCGAGCUGUGCGAGAACGUGGACCCCAACAACUGCAUACCACCAGUAAGAAAGAGUGUUCAAAAGUCUGUUACUUGGUACACUCUUCCACCUACUGUAUAGCUUUUGCCUGCUUUCCAAAAAGGCCCUGCUGCAAAAAAGAAGUACGUCAGUUAUAACAACCUGGUGAUCUAGGCCGCUCUCCGGGGCGAGGAUUCCCUGCCCGCUGGCGCAGCCUCCCCGCAUGGGGCGUCGGGGCCCGGCGGUGCCCGGGACGGCGCGAGGGGAGCCCCGCGCUCCGACGGCCGCUCCCCGAAACUCCUGCACCGCUCCGGCCCCUGCUGGCACCGCCGUGGCCACCGGCCCUGGCCCCGGGCCUGCUCUGGCCAUGGCCCCGGGCCUACUCGGGCCUGCUCCGGCCGCGGGAGCCGCCAAGGCCGUGGGGGGACCGGCCCCCCGCGCCGGCUGCAAAGGACUCUAAGGGGCUAAUUCUGUCUUUCUAUGUACUUCCAGACUGCAAGUUUUUGAACUCUCUGUACAGUUUGUGAGGAUUUUUGCAUAUCGCCAUCCAUGUUGUUCCGAGGUCACUGUUUGUUUUUUGGAUGCACAGUUCCAUCGAGGCCCUGUGCUCUCGGCACUUCUCAAACCAACCGGCAACCGAGGAGCUCAGACCCGUGUACAUGACUUGUAUGACUACUCUCGUAUCACUGCAAUCCAUAUUCCUUAUUUUUUUUAACUAAACAAACAAACAAAAAAAGAAUUUAAAGACCAAAAACUGUGCUGGCGAAGUUAGUCCCCCCUUCACACCUCCGACGGGCUGCAGAGGAAGCAGAAGGAUUUUUGCUGAGUUUUGGUAGAGGUCUUGAUCUUUGGAAUGCAUGCCAGUAAUGUAUUUUAUGGUACAUGUUAAUAAUUUAUGUUUGAUAUUUGUAUUUGUGUUCUAUUUUGUUCUUUUCUUUAAGGUAUAUGACUAUUUUGCAAUAAUUUCAAUGAUUCUUAUGAUAUUUGGAGGAAAGAAUAUGGCUUUUACAUGUCUUGAGGUUUUUCUCUGUUGAUGCCCCACCAUGACUGACCAGUGUGAUAAGGACUUACAGAAGCAUGUAUGUUUUAUACUGUUUGUAAUAAGUAAUUUCGUUAAUCUUGCUGCUUAUGUGCCAAUUUAGUGAAUCCAAUCUUUGCCGCAACCUCCUCCCUCCCUUUCCAUUCUCUCGAUCCUGUGAUAUUAUCCAAGAAUGUAUCAAUAAAGGAUUUUGGUUAACUUUU